ACAGUUUGGCCACUGCUGAUAUAGACUCUUUUCACAGCCAGAGCCUCAACAUAAUCAAUCUACUGAUGGCUAUCUGGACAGCUGAUUAGAGAACAGUUUUAUGUUUUGUCAUAAGAUAUUUGCAAGCAGACAAAGAAAAGACAUAGUCCGGGUUGCGUCUCCUAUCCAACUUGCAUUGAGUUUGACGAGGCACAUUACUGGUCCUGUCGAAGUUUGAACUUCCUUGGAAGUCUUUCCAUCCCAGUACCUGAUAGCAGACCAGCUUUCUACUGUACUCACCACAGAGCAGAGUGGUGGCCUAAGACAAGCAGAAAUCAACCAUCCCGCAAACUGAACACAAACAUGACGGAUGGGUUCAACCUUAAGACCUUAUUCUCCCACAAAGACAGAAAAGAUUUGCAAUGGGUCAAUUUCAUUGGCGACCAAAUUAUCCUCUCUGUCUUCAUUAUUCUCUUCUGCAUAAUUGGACUGGUGGGGAAUGGAAAUCUCAUCCGGCUUGUUGGCUUCCGUAUGAAAAGCAAACCUUUGGCCAUCUACAUCCUGAACUUGGCCGUGGCUGACUUUGGAUCCCUCGCAGUUCUGCUUCCGCUAGAUCUAUGUUUCAACACGCCAUCUUUCUACUACUAUCCUCCGUGUCCUAUUGAACUUCACUGGUUUUUGCUCAGUCUCUUGCUAUCGACGUGCAGCAGUCGUCUGCUUCUCCUGACAGCCAUCAGCAUUGACAGAUGCGUGUCUGUCUUCUUCCCAAAUUGGUACCAACGCCACCGGUCACCAGCAUUGUCCACCAUCGUGUGUGUCUUCAUAUGGGCUCUCCCUUUUGCCCUCAUUGGAGUGCCCUUAUUUCUAUAUUUUAUUGAUUUGAUACAUUAUUAUUAUGCACCUGUAUUUCUUUUAGGGGACAAUAUGAUUAUUUCUAUUUGUGUCUUCCUUGUGAUCAUCUCCACUCUGAUUCUCUUCAAAGUCUGCUUGAAAUCACCAAGGUGUCAGUGUGGGAGUCUUUUGAGAGCGGUCUUAUUGAUGCUUCUCUCGUUCUUCCUGUUUAUUAUCCUGACAACUGUCUGCUUUCUCAUGGCGCCCUUAAGUGUAGUAUAUUUUGGUUUAUGGACCUCUCUAAAGAGUAGUGUAAAUCCGCUGAUUUAUUUCUUGGCUGGGAGACGGAAUGGUGGCAAAUUUCAGGAGAGGAUGAAGGCGAUCCUCCAGAGAGUUUUCAAGGAGGAGAGAGACACCAGGAUGGAACUACAACCACGUACCCGAACAAUGUUGUGA